CCAGAACCUGAGCUCCUUGCGAAGCUACUACCUACUCUGCGAGCAUCAUGGCCACCCAGUUCUGCUCUCCCAUCUUCUCCUCCGGGUCCGUCAAGGGCCUCUGUGGCACAUCAGGUGGCAUCUCUCGGGUGUCCUCCGUCCGCUCCGUGGGCUCCUGCAGGGUCCCCAGCCUUGCCGGCGUCGGGGGGUCAGCCUCCUCCAUCAGGCUGGGCCUCUCCGGCUUCGGGAGCUACUUGCCUGGUUCCUGCCUGUCCUCUGGAUACAACUCCUCCAGCUUUGCCGGGAGCGGGGGCUGGUUCUGCGAGGGCGCCUUCAAUGGCAACGAGAAGGAGACCAUGCAGUUCCUGAACGACCGGCUGGCCAACUACCUGGAGAAGGUGCGCCAGCUGGAGCGGGACAACGCGGAGCUGGAGAGCCGUAUCCGGGAGUGGUACGAGUCUCAGAUCCCGUAUAUCUGCCCAGACUACCAGGCCUACUUCAAGACCAUUGAGGAGCUUCAGCAGAAGAUACUGAUAACCAAGGCUGAUAACGCCAGGCUGGUCCUGCAGAUUGACAACGCUAAACUGGCUGCUGAUGACUUCCGCACCAAGUACGAGACGGAGCUGGGCAUGCGGCAGCUGGUGGAGGCUGAUACCAACGGCCUGCGCCGGAUCCUGGAUGAGCUGACACUGUGCAAGGCUGACCUGGAGAUGCAGGUGGAGUCCCUGAAAGAGGAGCUGAUAUGCCUCAAGAAGAAUCACGAGGAGGAAGUCAACACCCUGCGAUGCCAGCUUGGGGACCGACUGAAUGUGGAGGUGGAUGCCGCUCCCCCAGUGGAUCUCAACAAGAUCCUGGAUGACAUGAGAUGCCAGUAUGAGGCCCUGGUGGAGAAUAACCGCAGAGAUGUGGAGGCCUGGUUCAACACCCAGACGGAGGAGCUGAACCAGCAGGUGGUGUCCAGCUCCGAGCAGCUGCAGUGCUGCCAGACAGAGAUCAUCGAGCUAAGACGCAAUGUCAACGCCCUGGAGAUCGAGCUGCAGGCCCAGCACAGCAUGCGGAAUUCCCUGGAAGCCACCCUGGCGGAGACGGAGGCCCGCUACAGCUCACAGCUGGCCCAGAUGCAGGGCCUGAUCAGCAACGUGGAGGCCCAGCUGGCCGAGAUCCGCUGUGACCUGGAGCGGCAGAACCAGGAGUACCAGGUGCUGCUGGAUGUCAAGGCCCGGCUGGAGUCGGAGAUCGCCACGUACCGCCGCCUGCUGGAGGGAGAAGACUGCAAGCUGCCUGCUCACCCUUGUGCCACAGAAUGCCAGCCUGCUGUUAGAGUUCCUUAUGUCUCCAGCGUGCCCUGCGCCCCGGCUCCCCAGCUCAGCACCCAGAUCCGCACCAUCACGGAGGAGAUCAGAGAUGGGAAAAUCAUUUCCUCCAGGGAGCAUUUGCAGCCUCUGUAACCAGCCCAAGGGGCAGGCCCUGGCUCAUAGGUCAGAGGACACCCCUGUGGGUCCCGGCUCUCAACGACCCCCUCCCCCUUCCUUAAAAGGACUCCCCGCUCAGCAGAAUUUUCUACCAAAAUACUUCUUAGGUUGUGUUUCUGGCUUUAACUGCUUUUAAGCUGUGUAAAACUGGGCUGCCCUGGAAACUUACCCAAUAAAGUGUGUUCUCUUGGCAUAG